AUGGACGGCAACCAGAGGGAGAAGGUCAAGAAGGGAGACCUCACCGGCGCGAAGGUGUACGUGCAGGCGAAACCUAUGCUCGGUGGGAUGGUGACCGACCUCGUAGUGAUGAUCUUCUACCUGUUCAACGGGCCAGCGCACGCCAAAGUCGGGCUCAUCCCAUCGAUCCCGCUCGGCAAGAUCGGUGAGCAUGUCGGUGACUGGGAGCACGUGAUGCUGCGCGUGAGCAACUUCUCCGGCGAGCUGCUCCGGAUGUACUUCUCGCAGCACAGCGCGGGCACCUGGGUGGACGCUUCACGGCUGGAGUACCUCGACGGGGACGGUGGGAAUAGGCCGGUGGUGUACGCAUCGCAGCACGGGCACGCGUUCUACCCGAACGUCGGGACAGUGCUGCAAGGCAACAUGAGCCUAGGCAUCGGGAUCCAGAAUGACUGCGCCAGGGGGAGCAGGCUGGACACCGGCGCCGGGCGAUGCGAAGUGGUGUCAGCGGAGUACCUCGAUGUCAAUGAGCUAGCGUGGCUUGGGUUUGAGCGCGAGUGGGGACCGCGGGAGGUGUAUGACAUCGGGCGUGAGAUCAACUACGCCGCGAGGAUCCUGCCGCGUUCGGUGAGGGAGCGGCUAGCCAAGCUAGUGGAGAAGGUGCUCGUCGGGGAAGGGCCGACGGGGCCCAAGAUGCAUGGUAACUGGAGAAAUGACGAGAGGGAAGCUUGA